GUGAUAUGCCGCUAAUAAUUAAAAAAAUAUAUCGUUUUUGAUACGAAUUUCGAUAUUGGUUAUUUUGUAUCGAUGUAUCGAUAUAUCGAAUCAAAAUAUAUCAGCUAAAAAUAUCGAUAUAUCGAACAAAAAAUAUCGAUAUAUCGAUACAUCGAUAUAUUUUCAGCAAGCCUAUAAUAAAAUAAAAGCUCAAGGAAAAAGGGUUGUUCGGAUAAAAUAUAAAAAUUUUAUUUGUCUAUGUGAUGCUAGCGCACGUUCAUGGUGGUGGAUGGCGGUGCCGUGUGUUUUUAAAACUUAUUUCUUUUGAUUUGGCUAAAUAAUAUAUAAAUCAAAAUAAAAACUCGAAGAAGCCAUCCCUUCAAUAAGAAAACAACAAACAACAUUAAAAAUGCAACCAGAACUUCAUACACACCCUGAUAUAAACACGAAACCAUCAUUUCCCAAAUUUAAUCGGCCAAAAAUUAUAGGGUAUAUUGGUUUGGAGAACUUAUUGUAUGCUAGACGAAUAAAAAAUGAAAAUGUAAAUUUUGAUCUUAAUCUGCACAUAGACAAAGCUAUACGCAAGCCUCAAAAUAAAGAUGUUAAAUUAGAUGAUUUAUUGAAAUUUCUAUUAGAACACGAAAGAAGACUUAACUUUCCAUUGGAAACUAAUUUGAAGAAUGCUAAAAUCUUCUGCUAUAGGGGCCUAAUGACUUGUGUGGCAUGUACACCAUAUGAAAACAAAGAUCCAUGGAAAAUAGUUGUUAUUUUAUUCAAAGGUAAUAUAUUUUUAUGUGCAAGAGAUACUGAAGAGAAAAUUUAUCAAAAAAAUAAUAUGACAGAUCAAGAAAAAAAGUUUACAUCAUGGGGCUAUAAGUUUGAACAAUACAUGUUAUCAGAAAAUCCACAUGCAGAACCUAAUCCGGAUGUACCAGUAGAUGAAACUAAAGAGUUUUCCAUUGUAUUUACAACCAAUUUGAAUGAUCAUACUAUAGUUUAUGGUGCAGAGAUGGAUGGUAUUCGAUGUGAUAAGGCUCCUGUACCAAGUGCCCCAACUGAUCAAACAUCAGAGAACAUUUUACAAUAUUUAUCAGAUAAAGAGUUUAUUGAAUUGAAAACAAGUAGACACAUUCAGUUUGCUAAGCAGGAAAAUAAUUUUAGACGUUACAAGACAAAGAAAUGGUGGUGCCAGUCAUUUCUUGCUAAUAUAGACACAAUUGUCUGUGGAUUUAGAGAUGAUAAUGGGAUUGUUGAAGAGCUUAAAGUCUACCCAAUUAAAGAUCUUGCUAAAAUGUCCGAGAGAUCUUUUCGCACAAAUCGCUAUCUCAUGAUUCAGAAAACCGCAGCAAACCUUCUGGCCAAGAGCUAGAUGCUUCUCCACGAUAUUGCGGAGCGAGAAAACUUGAUCCAGGCAUCUCCUCACAUAAAAACCACCCAGUUUGAACAUCUCAACAUAAAAAUUACAAUAGUACUUAAAUGUCAUUAAGGGUAACAUUUAAAUUAUAACAAGAAAACGGCGCAACUCAAAGUGAGCCUUACCUAGCUUAGUUUGUUCCGCGAGUUGUCAGUUUUUUAUACGGCUCGUCGUGUCGAACAAUGCUCGCGACAAAAUAUGAUAGUUUUUACAGUUUAAACAUUAUUUUUACACAUUUAAAAGCAAAAUAAAGUGUUGAGUAUAUUUUUCGCGAGUCAUUGAUAUAUUCCGUCCUGUACGUAUAUCGACUAAAAAUCUAUUUUACAAUAAAAUGAUUUAGGAAAAAAUUGCACCCAAUAUUUUAAUUGGUUCAUAGGUAAAUAUUGUACAGACAAAUAUAUUAUUAUUUUCGUAUACUUUUCCACGUGUAUGUGAUAGGUAUUUAUUUAAGUAAAACAAAUAAAUUGGUGGUUAAUAAUUGAAUAGUGUAAUUUUUGUUCUUGGACUUUUACUUCCUUUACAAAAUAUACAUGAACAUAAUCACAUUGUUCCUGCCAAAUACUUUGACAUCGCAUAACAAAGUUUCCUCAUUUUGUGGGUUUUGCGUCAGAUGAUGGUAACACUAAUUCAUAUAUUUAUUUGAGUGCGGACAUACGCACACAAAUACAUGUACCUACUACACUCAACUUAAGGUGUCUGCAUCUCUGCUUUGCAAUGUUUUGGACAAACAUUGUUCAAAAUGCCUUUAUGCACACAAGGAAAUGAAUUCGGCACGCAUUACCGCUCUUAUUUUGUUUAAGAUAAGGCUUCUAUGCAUUUCUAAAAAUAUACUUUUAUGUUUCAGAGAUUUUGGAAGCCAAAUGUUUGUUUUAAUUUUCUGGAUACCUUUUUCACGUACGUAAAGAGAUGUUUAUCAAGAAAGAUAAAACACGAAUGUGGAGAGAAGGCACUUAAUCAUAUUCAUAAAUUGCCAUUAUUAUCAUUAAUGCUGGAAUGGAGACCUGGUAUGCCUAUACAAGUUUCAGAAAGUUAUAACCAUGAAGAUGACCCUAUAUUACCUCAAUAUUUUAUAGAAAAUUAUGGUAAAUCACUUGUAAAUGACGAGAAUUCAAGAUAAAUAUGGACUUUCACACUGGCGGCACGACGACUAAUAUAAUGCCUAUAUCUGUAGUCGCGUGUCCAUAGCAAUCAGGCGCGACCGCAGCCUAAAAUUUUGGAUGGGGUCACCAAACUUUUGUUUUCUUAUUUUGUAAAUUUUUAGAAUGUUUUUAAUUUGACGGGUGUGAUUUGGGGGAGAAGGAGGGGGUCUUGGUCUCUGUGACCACCAGAUGUAACAGAUCAUAGAGCGAGAUCCCAGUCACCCUAGACUUACGUGACUUUAGGGAAGAUGGAAUUUUUUAGAGUGGUAGUACCUAUAUAAUAUAAACUUAGUAACGAAUGGAUACUCGCUAAGCUUAAAGCUGGGCGGUUACAAAAGUUUUGAAAGGUGAAAAAAAAUACAUGCUAACUUACGUCAAAGUAGAAAGGCUGGGUUUUACAUAAAUGUUAUUUAUGAAAUUGUUACAAACCAAUCUAAAUGGUUACCAUAUACUUCCUUGGUGCCACAACUUUUGCGAGACAGUUUAAAAAUGGUUAAGUAAAAUUUGGUUGUGUCCAAAAACCCAAUUACAAAUAGCGUUGUUAUAUUGUGUUAGUGCUUAAAGCUGCUAUAAAUUUUAAUCGAUCGUCUAUUAAUAAAUUUAUGAAGUAUCUGGUAAAAGUUAUGGCAUACAGAAAGUGUCUGACAACCAUAAUGUUAAUUUAUAACAAUAUCAUUCCUAUAUAACCAAUGUAAAAUCCAGCCUCCCCUUCUUUGCCGUAAGUUAGCAUAAUUUAUUCCCACCUUUAUUUCUGCUAUCUAUGAAACAGCCCCGUUUUCAGCCAAGCGAGUAUCAUAGGUUACACAGUGCGAACUGGCCUAGUCAGUUAUUGGUGUCGAUUCUGGCAUGAUUAUCUAAACCUAAAGGACAUUGAGCAAAAAUGUAUGGAUGCUGCACCCACAUCCGCCAGGGCUUAAACUAUCAAAUCAAAUUAUUCCAUCCCAUACUUUCAUAUCAGCAGCUCGCUCUUGUGUGACGAGUCGAGCUACUGCCAUGUAAGUACAGGCUAUAGUAGCUGUCGACUGUCAUAUCAGCAGCUCGCACUAUGUAACCUCGCCUUGAGUAAAUAUUAUAAUAUCACUUCUAAAAAUUUCAUCACUCCUAAAAUCACGUAAAUCUGGGGUGACACUGAUCUUGUACUAUCAAUGGUUAAUCAGGUUUACUAUUUAUUAUAAAAGUUCCUAACUGCCUGUCUGUGGUCGCUGAUGAUAGGUUGAAUUUUCGUUGGUAAUUGUUUUUGUAAGAUUAAAUUUUAUUACAAAAAUACAUUUUUUUUAUUAAAUUUAUGUCUACUCAAUUUUCAAAAUGAGACCAAAAAUACUGUGGUACCAUUUAUUAUCACUGCAUAGCAAAUGGUGUAAAUCAACAUCCAUAUAAGACUAAUCAACAACAUGGAUAUCUUCACUUAACACGUACAAUUAAUUUUAAACUAUUUUGUUAAUGUGUAUUUAUAAAAAUAUGUAGAAAUAAAAACAAUUAACAGAACAACAUAGAUUUAAUAAAAUUAAAUGGGUGUCAUGUAUUUAAUUAAUAAAUCUUAAUUCCAAAUUGUAUUUACAUAACAAAUAUUUUUAGUAACAAAACCUCCAUCUAUGACUGACACUUGAAUGAAACUAUAAAUGUUGCAUGCAAUUCCAAUGUUUUAUGUAAACUUUAUUUCUAUUAACGAUAAGUUAGAAUCCAGACGUUAGCGGUAUUUUAACAUUAUGUCAUGUCCAAAAUGGAACAUAGACCCCCUCGUGAACAUAAUAGAUAAAGUCUAAUUUGAAGCGUUAGAAAAAUCGUAACAAAAGCCUUCUUAAGAAAAAUACUUUUAGAUGAUGUUUUUGAUUUAAGCACAAUUUAACCCAUUUUUAAUAAACGUCUUCGUCAAUCGAAUGUAAUUCGCUGAACAGAGACAUAAGGGUAACCAAUUAUCAUCUAUACUGCGCUGUGCUAUGAUCUACUUAGUCAAAUCAGACAGUAAGUGCAGCAUUGCGCUUUGUGUGGUUCUGUGAGUGCAACUCAAUGGUCACCAACUAUUGUUUCUACUACUACACUCGGCUAUUUGUAAACUUGACAUCAAUCUGUCCUUUUCAUUCCUUAUAAAGCAUGAAAAAGACAAACUGUUGUCAAGUUUACAAAUAGCAAAUACGAUUAACCAAAUGAAGUGACGGUAUAAUAAUGAGGAAAAUUGUAUCUACUGAAUAUAUACUAAAUCAAUAGUAACGAAGUUUAGAUAAACAAAGAAUUGAUGCAACUUUUCAGGGCUAACUAUACAUAAAGAUACAGAUUUAUGGUUUAUUAACUCUUGUGUGUGACCUACUGUGCUGUCUCUGACAGACCUGCUGUUCAGAGCAAAAUUAACAUUUCACGCAGCAGCUCACAAUUCAGAAUACACAAAGCUAUCAAGAUUGUCCGUUCGAUUUUCAACCUUAGUGGUUGGAUUUAGAGUUUUACAACAUUUUGAUAUUUUGUGGUAGCCCACAAAAUAUUGUCCAUACACUCGGCACCUAUUUAAACAGUUCUAUCAAUAAUAACCAAACUCAUUUGGUUCAAUUUCCAGUGUCGUACAUUCAUUUUCUGUACAAUUAUGCUAGUUAAACAUUUUAGCGACAGUGUGAUGAUAAUAAUUCUAUCGAAACAUUUAACACUCAUCAUAAGUAUACAUAAUAAUAACAUUAAAAAUACAUGAUUUCAAUGAUGAAUGAGGACACUAUCAUAGUUAUCAUUGUACGAACCUGUUCUUGACUUUUAAGCUUUAUGUCGGCACUUCAUUUGGCUAUUUGUAUUUGCUAUUUGUAAACUUGACAACAGUCUCUCCAUAUCAUGCUUUAUCACACUAAUAUUAAAGGCGAAAUUUUGUGAGUGUGUAUGUUUGUUACUUCUUCACGUCUAAACGGCUGGAGUGAGUGUAAUAAAAUUAAGUAUGGAGUUAGCUGACACCCUGGAUUAACACAUAAGCUACGUUUUACUGGUAACACAGCUAGUAAGAAAUAAAUGGGACAGACUGAUGUCAAAUUGACAAAUAGCAAACACUAAUAGCCAAGUGAUGGGCCGGCAUUAGAUAGGUACAAAAUUAUAUAUUCAAUAUACUCAUUAUCACAUAGUACAUUUUUUUUACUUCUUAACCAUAAUUUUGAAGUAACAAAUUCAAUGAUUCUAUUUCCCAGUAAUUGCUUUGUAAUAACAAUACUACACUUUGUGGCAUUUCAUUAUGAGCUUAAUGGGUGAUGAAAGCCUUACUUCAAUUUGAUGUGUCUGAGACACAACAAACAACAUAGGUGCCUACUGAUUAUGUUUUGUAGUGGUCAUGUUUUAUUGUAAUUAGUUUCAUAAAGAAUAUAUCAAUUAUUUGAGUUGAAUAUGAAAUUGCAUUAUACAUUGUAGAAAUAUGUGAACCAUACCAAACUUGGUAAAAGAAUUCCAAAGACUAACAUAUUUUUUAUACAUAUACAGCCAAAUAUUUGCAUUUUGUUUUUGAUAAUAACAAAAAUAGUAAAUAACUACUCUAGCUAAAAUGAUGAAUUGUUUGUUUGGUGUGAUAUAUCAAUACAAGUUUUAACAAGCUUUUCACUGUGUUAACAGCAGACACACAUUGCGAGUAAAGUGAAACUAAAUUUUAUUUAAAUAUGGAUUAGGGAUUUUCACUGAUUGUAGAUUUUUUUGUAUUAAUUAAUGAAUAAUGGAAUAACAUUAAAAUAUAUUUACACUUUCACUUAAUAAGAAAUGUACCUUAGUAAAAUUUACAACUUAAUAGUAAUUAGGUACUAAUCGAUUUUGGUGAGUUGUACCAAAUUGGAAUAAUAAGGCCUCAACGACAUAGGCGCGUUUAUACGGGUCAAAUGAAUUCAAGUUGUUUUUAGUACAUUAUGUAUGAGAACGGCUGCAAAGUUACACACUGCUGCGAUAAUAACGAAUAUCGCAAUAAUAUUAUUAUUGACCGAUAAUAACGAGCCUAUGGGCGGGAGGUUCAACUCUGAUCACUGAGGUACUUCGUUGUUAUAUUAUUCCUCAUGCGGAGUGACCAUGAAAUAAGUUUUUGCAUCGAAAAUAUCUAUAAACUUUUAAACAGUCUUCGGUUACACUUACAUAUAGGAAUAUCCCUGUCGAAUCAGUUAUUUGUACUAGCGUUAUAACAAAUUGUCUAAUAAGCUUUUUUAUCAGGCACAGGUCGAGGAAAUACUUUGAUGAUGUUCCGCCUCGCGUUUUACUAAAGUCUAAGCCGAACAAAGUUUUUUUAUUGUUAAAAAUAUUAGGUGAAAUGUUAAAAGAAAGUAUGCAUUCGUCUUUGCUGACACUGGUGUCGAUUCUAGCAUGAUUCUCUAAACGUAAACUUAAAUUUGACAGCAGUAUAUCCUUGUCAUUCUUGAUACAGAAUGAAAAGAAGAGACUGAUGUUAAAUUUAGUUUUAAGUUUAGAGAAUCACGCCAGAAUUGGCACCACUAUAUAGUCAUAAACAACCAAUCUGAAUGACACAAUAACACAAACAGCUACGUUAUAGAUUGGAGCGACAAAAACAAUUUUAGUAAAUCACCACAACUAUAUUUAUCUUUUCUUCUGAAUGACAGCAUUAUGAUCGGCUCUCUAAUUGUGUAACUUCAACUCCUAUCAUGACACUUGAAAUAUAUUGACGAACUUCAACUUAUACUUCGGAAUCGGUCCGGUUGAAGAUUAUAAUAUCUCUCAAAUAACACAAUGGAAAGAAAUAAAUAUGAAAUAAAUUUGGUCUCUCAUGCCAAAUGAGCGCUGGCCGAGUCUCCCGCCACGCCUGCAUGAAUGGCGUCAUCCGCAGAGCUCUUGUCGCAGUCAACGUGCCAGCGGUCCUUGAGCCUAGCUGCAUCUUUCGUGAAGAUGGCAAGAGACCUGACGGAAUGACGCUCAUUCCGUGGAAGCAGGGUCGCCCUCUUGUGUGGGACGCAACUUGCGCGGAUACGCUUGCUCCGUGCCACACAGAGAGCACCUCCCUUGCUGCGGGUGCGGCGGCGGCCUCUGCUGAAUGCUCUGAACGGCGGAAAUAUUCAGCUCUCAAUGAGAACUAUAUAUUUGUGCCGUUUGGUGUUGAGACCAUGGGCCCAUGGGGUCCAAGCGCUCGUUCCUUUUUUAAGGGAAUAUCAAAGAGACUCACCGAAGUUACUGGUGAUCAAAAGGCUGGCAGCUAUCUUGGUCAACGGAUCAGCCUUGCCAUUCAAUGUGGCAAUGCUGCCAGCCUAUUGAGCACCAUUCCCUGUCGGCGGCGCUGGGGGUGACUUAUUUUGUAAAUAGGAUGUUAUUUAUAAGUAGGUUAAGGAAAUUUGUAUUUAAAUAUUAUUUAUUUCUGUACAUAUAUAAUUAAAAUUUUGAUAUCAUGGAAAGUAUCAUGAUAGGAGUUGAAGUUACACAAGUAGUGGGCCCAUUUCAGGAACUAGGUGUUAAUCUAUCUCUUGGACCACGAACAUUUGAAGCCGACCAUUACUGGUUUCUCGUAAAGUUUAUUUUAGAACAAGGGUGUAUCAAUCAUUAAUUAGUUUGUAGCGUACUCUAUUAUAAUUAGGGACGGUAAGACCUCUUUGAACGGUAUCACUUGAAAAGCAAGGGCCGGCCUCGUCAGCGUUUAACAAUAUACGAAUCUUCACCUUCGAUUCUUUCCAUAAGCUCAAUGUAGCCACAUUGGCGGAAUUUUAAUUUCCCAUCGCAUUUAAUGCGUUCAAUAUAAAUUUAGUAUAUCAGUAAAAUUCCUAUUUGAUAAUAAAAUAUAUUAAAUCUUUGUGCUAACUUACAAUAAAUUCAUUUUUUUACUAUAAAAUACACUAUUAAUAUUCAUCCUUAUAAAUCAAUUUCUAAAUUACUUAUAGCGCGCUUUGCACGCUGCAUUGGUCUGGAUAAAUACUACGAACAGCUACAUAUAACAAAUUUUGUUGAUGGAACUGUUGUUUAAUUACAGUAUCACUAUUGGGUUGCAUCACGCUACGUAUUACAAAAUAUUUAUAGAAUAUUUCGAUGUUUCAUACUGAUUUCGUGUGAGCUUAGAUUAUAUUGUCAUUAGGCACAUGAACAUGACUUAUAAGACGGUUCACCUAGAAAGUAACAUUGGUGUCACGACUAUUACUCCACCAAUGUUACAAUGUAGCACUAUACAGAGACAGGGACAAUGUUUGUAUUUCACUCCUAUUUUUAUUAUUUUAUUAGAACAUUAUUUGCAUUAUUGAACAAGAUCCCAAAGCUUUUUAUAAGACUUCUAAUAAUUCUCGAUCAUUUACACAAAGCGUACAACUUGCAAUUUUAAUCUUUCAAACAUGGAAGUUGAAAGAUAUUUUCAUAGUUCAAAUAUCUAGAUUUCAAUUUGAAAGGCAUUAUAAGUUAUCAAUAUAAGUUUUAAAAUAAGACAAUUAGGGAGGUGGUAUUUCAUACACGCUCUCUCAAAACAUUUUACUGAUAAAUUUCGAUAUGAUGUAUUAAAGCAUUUGCUUUAUAUGGGGAUUUUAUAUUUGCUUAUCAUGUCGAAUAAUUAAGAUGAAUUAAUAAUUAAAAUGAAUUGUAAGAUAGUGGUCUUUAAGAGCCCUUUCACAUUUUUUGCAAAAAAAUCGUAAUUUUUGAGCGCCUCGUUUUUCCCCUUAAAAAGAUUUUGACUAUUUCCAAUAGAAGUAAACAGUAGAUUUAUACUUCCUAUUGUAAGUUAAUGUAGAAUAUUUGCAAAUAUUAUUUUCCUUUUUUGUACUUAUUAUUCUACUAGUUUACGGAAAAAAACGAUAAUAUGCACAACUUCAAAAGCCUCAAUCUCUCAAUAAUGUUCAAUAAAUAAGAUCAAAUUAAUUACUACGACAUCAUAAAUAUGUUUUUGUUGUAACAUAAUGUAUUAGAAUUUUCCAUCUCACUAAUUAUAAAAAAAAUCAUUUAACCUCCUUUUCCCAAAAAAUAAUGCAGGUUUACCUCGUAUUUUGAUACUGAAUUAAAGAGAAUUACUAUCAAAAACUUUCAUAAAACUAAUCUACCAUCAUUAAACUACUGAAUGUGUAUAUUUUUUUAUAAUUAGUUUAUUAAUAAUUCUUUUAAAAGGACUCGAAACAUCAUCCGUAAAAUGCAAUAUAUACUAGUGCAAAUUUACCUACGCGCCGAUUAGUACGGCAGCGGCGUAAUUUUGUAAAAGGGCUCUUAAGAGCCCUUAAAGAUAUAGGACACGAUGAAUAUGGAAUAAACGUAUUAUGUUGAUACUACGAAGAUUCACAAAAAGGAGCAAAUUUUCUAUUGUAGCAAAUAUGGAAAAAAAUAACGCAAUGUCAAAAUUUUGUUAAAGGUUCUUACUUACGUUUAUGUAGCCUAGUAAUGUUAUUGUGAUUGCUACUUAAUAAUUUAUAAGAAUCGUGAUAAAUUUUUCACAGAUGUUGAGUUAUUAAUAGUUUUUAGCAUGUCACUGUUACCGCUAUACAGUCCUAUAUAUUUUCGAUUAUUCAAAGAUUGGAAGCAUUCGAAAAUAAAAUAAAAAUUACAUUAUAAAUCAAUGUAUAAAAUUACGAUUUUACAAACCAUAGUAAUUCUAAAAACAAUAUAAUAAAACCAAACUUAAUAAAUUAAUUUUCAAUUUUAAAUCUAUUUUAAAGGUGUGUAUAAAAUGUAAAUUUUAAAAUAAUUUACAUUAAAAUUGAAAUUUUAUUUAUUCUUGUGACUUUUAACCCAUUAUCUAGUUCCAUCAUUGUUAAAAUCAUUUAAUAUAAAAUAUUCUUUAGUAUCUAUACAAAAAAAUAGGCAAUGCCUGUGUCAAUUCUAUAAUUUAUAGACAAAAUCAAUAAUGAUAACACCUGACUUUCAUAAUAAUGACCAGAGUUUGCUUUUGCUUACUCCCUAGUAAUUGAAAUAGCAUAGAUAUUUUUUAAUUAUCACAUUAAUAAUGGUGCACAAUAUAUUGACUCAACGUUUUGGGAGUGUGCGAUCUGAAUUUAAAAUUAGCCAUGCACAACUUAGAACCUUCACUGAAGGCAAACAAACAAACAUUGUACUCUUUAAAGAUAUCCAAUAUUUCGACAUCUAUAGUCUGUACAAACAAAGAUGUAACAUUAAAUAUUAUAUACAAACAUCUAUAUAUAAACAAGGGCUGACUAGAGAUCGACGUAUGGAGCGUCCAUUUUGUCGAGGUCGGCCAGCAAGGCGGGUGUUAGGGGGUCCAACAUGUCCUCUCGCAACAUGUCGUUCAACGGAGAUGCCAGGCUUUGGUCAUUAUCCAUCACGAUAUCAUGAAUCUGCGAAGAACCUCCCACUGAAUUGCCGUUGAUUAGAUAAUCUCUAUUACUGUAGCUGAAAACGCUUCUGUCCUCCACCAACUGCGGAGUCGACGGCACAGAUUUAGAUGAUAUGCCGUUAGAUGCAUUGGAAUAAGAAUUUUCAGCAGGAAACAAUUCCCUGGGACGACACGAGUCGAUUUGUAAAUUCGACGCUGCACGUUUGAAUGGUAACGGUGUGCUAGGCACAGACCGAGACGUAUAAAACUUAUUCUUAUCGGAUUCUAAUUCGGAUAGGUCAAAUUCAAUACUAUUAGGUCGUUUUAAGAAAUCCUCAACAUUAUCCGUGGAAGUAGCAUCGUUAGUGAAGCUCUGAUUGAACUGACUGCUUCUAUCGAGUAAUUCGUCACCGCUGGGCAUAAGGGAACCGAGCUGUUCAUCAGAAAGUAUCGUCUGUUCGGGCAUGUGAUCACAACCAUUACUCAGCGUAUUGUUAGAAUUCAAUAGUGUUUGAGCUGCGUUUGUGUUAAGUACAUCAUUGCUACUGUCGAUCGCAUUGUAAAUUUUAUCCAAUGUUUCAGAAUUUAAACCCGCCUUCGAUAUAUCACAUGUGUCAGCUAAAGAGCCAAAAUCACAAAACUCAUUAGGGACCGGCGUGGGUGGGACUGAACCGACUGGGGUGUUAUUAUAACUUAACAAGCACAUGUUAUUGAUGCCUUGUUUGAGGGGCACAGACUGUGACCUGAACGAAUCUGGUACCGGCCUAUAAUUAACAAGAGGUUCUUGAAAGAAUUGACUGACCUCACUCGAUAAAGGGUCAGCUGAUAACGGCUGCGUGAGCUCCCUAUCCAUAUGAUCUCGUAUCGGAGUAUUCGGUAAAAAGUUUAAACUUAGGUUAUGAGCACCAUUCGAUACGGGAGCGCAAUGAAACAAUUGUGCUUUAUAUUGAGAAUUUAGAAUGUUAGGUGACGGCGGUGCAGACAUCGGUUGGAUUGAUUGGCAGAAUUUGCCUGGGCCACAUACCGGCAUUUUAUUUAGGAAUUUCUGAUCGUUCGGUAUUGCAAACUGCUUGUGGCAUUGAUCAACCACUCCUAAAGAUAAAGGGUUCCGCCUUUUUCGUCCGUUUAGUUUUGGUAUUGGUCUUGGGCAAAAUUUCGAACGUGGUACGGGUGUAUUUCGGGGACUUACGAAAGGGCUCGCUGCAGUGCUGUGAGAUAUUGGUGAAGUUUGGAGUGAAUUUCCCAUAACAGACUUAUUGAUUUUCGUUGGACUAUGUCCACUUUGGCUAAAUCCCAAAGGCGAUUUCGAAUUAAAAUUGCCAGGCGACUGGCAUCCGUCAGAUAUAGGAACAAAGUCGUACUGUUGCGUUCUAGAAGUAGGACUCUGAGGUUCGUUCUGACAAUUAGGAUGAUUUGACGAGCUGUUACUUAUAAAUGGUGGGGCAGUUCCAUUUUCAUUCGGAACAGAGUUACACAUUUUGCUGUUGUUCACCCCGAUUUGGUUCAAUGUCGGAGGUCCGUUGGUUACAUCGACGUCGCCGAGCGGUUUAAACGCACCAUCGUUCGUAGCUAAUUUGAGCGUCUGCUCGUGCGAAUUUUCUUUGAGUUGUUGCUGAUCCUGAUUUAUAGAAGCAUUCUGCGAAGAGCUAUUCUGGUUUUUUAAAUUUUUCGCCAGCAGUUCGCGCAGUUGUGAUAUCUUUUCAUUCUUGCCCUGACUGUGAUCGUCGUGCGGGUCUUGAUUGGUUUCUAAAAAAGAAGCAGCGUCGCAGGCGGACGGCGUUUCGGUCGGCUCCGCAUCCUUCGCUUGGAAAUACUGCAGCAGCUCCUCCUCGUGCUCCUGACUGUUGCCCUCGUUAAGGUAGUCGUCGAGAUCGUGCUUGUCGAUGUUGCAGAUGCUGAUCACCCGCUCCCUGUUGAGGAUCUCCGAGUGCUUCUCCUCGCAGAUCAUGCCGGUUUUGAUGUUGAUGCCGUCCAGGCCGCAGCAUGUGUCGGGGCUCGCGGGCGGGCGGGGCCGCGCGGGCCGGCGCUCGCUGCGUUCGGGCCUAGGGGUCUGCGCCUUCGUCGACCGCGUGGGACUCGCCGCCUCCUGUUCCUCCCGGGCCAGCGCCGCGGCGGUGCUUUUGGACCGGCUCGUUAAGUUUUUUGGAUCCUCUAAAAAAGCGACCGCGGAACGUGCGGGGGUCGGGUCCGCGGAGGCGGAGGGGCCGUCGUUAGCGGCGUGGCGCGCGGCGGCCAGCUUGCCGCCCAUGAUCUCGGCGGCGCGCAUCUUCUUGGGCAGGUACUCGGCGCGCGGGAACUCCUCCUGGGUGGGCGGGGGACGCGGCUCGGGUGGGGCGCGGGGGGAACUGCCCUGGGUCUCGCUGUGGUAUGUCUCUAGGAUGAGUUUCUUACCGGGUAGGGGCAGGCGUGGGGGCGGCUCGGGGGGCCGGCGGCGGGCCCAGUCGGCGGCGGGGCCGCGCGCGUCGCUGCUGAGGUUGAUAGGCACGUUGAGCGCGGGGUCGGGCACGUUGAGCGAGAGGUCGCGCGCGUACCCCUGCUCGUACGCGUACGCCUCGGGGCGGUAGUCGGCAGGCGAGGGGUGGGGGUGGGGGUGAGGGUGCGCGCGGGGCGGUCCGAACGCCGCGUAAGGCGCGCGCACCUCGUACACAUACGGCGGAUGGUAGCCGUACUCUGGCGCGUCCUCGUGUUUCACAGGCGCGGGGGUGUGCUGCGCGUACGACGUGGAGGGCGGCGACUCGCUCGCCUCCUGCGCCUUCUUCUUCCGCGGCCGACCCGGUGCACCCUGCGUCUGUACAUCGUGUAUUCAGAAUUUAAUAAAUAAAAAUUCAA